CUUUCCCGUAGCUGUUACUGUAUUGUUGUGUGCAGUGUGUGUUGUGGUUUUCAUGAUCUCCAGGUUGUGUAUGGGGAGCAUGCGCAGUCACUGCAGGGCGAAGUUGCUCGGUUUAUUUUUCGUUAUCAUUUAUCGUCAGGACCAGUACGCCUUGUCGGUGAGUUAUAACAAAGAUACAAAAAUCAGUAUUAUACGAACAUUUGUAUAAUUCUAUUGGUUAAUUUUGGGUUUGUGUUUAUGUUUACAUUACAGGUUUACAACCUAGUUAAACCCUAGUUAAAACAGUUGGAAACCACCGGUAAUAGUGCUAGCACACCUGUAGCAGGCAGGCUAUCUAGUGGAGGAUUUGACCGUGUGUGUGCAAAAUAAACAAAAGGAAAAACUCGAGUUGUGUCCGCCGUACUUUCCUGGCAACCCUUCCAGAGGGGAGUUCAAUAAGCUAGAAAGCUGAGGAAAAUCUGGACAGUUGUAAACCGCUGUCGGAGCCGUGACACGGAGUGUACGCGCCCCGAGCGGAGAACGGCCAUCGUUAAGGACCAGCGCCGGGACCGGAGACCCGGAGUUGGCGAAGGAAGCGGCCGUAAACAACGCCACUGCAACGGACGAGCCGAAGCCGAGAGCUAACGGGGCCGUUAAAGGGCUGGAGAAACUGCGGUUGUAAGUAAGGCCGUGUGGAUUGUAUAAAAGCUAAAGAGCUUAUAAAGUGACUGUUUCUGAGUGAUGCUUCGUGCUGACUUGCUAUACUAAAGGAGGCUGCUAACUGAUAGCCACCCAGUCAGUGUUGUCGACUGCGCAUCGGCGGGAACAGACGGCAAAAGAGCGCUCGUGAGCCGUUCACAGACGAGUCGUUCGUUUCGAACGAAUCUUUCAAACGAUUCUUUUGGCUAUUAAAGUGAUUCUAGUGAUUCCCAGAGGCUAUGAAAAUGGCAGAUGAUAAACCAGACCUAGAGAGCCUAAAGCGGAGACGUUCAAAUGCACAACGCAACUUUACAACUCGGUUAAACCGCCUUAGCGUCAACUCUAGCCGUUUACGUGAAGGUGAUCUGUCAGAAGAGUUGGCAAGAUUGAGAGACGAUUAUGGUAAACUCCUUGAUGCUAAUAAUGAAUAUAUUGACGAACUAGAGCAAAUGGGCUCAACAGGUGACGACAGUGAGUCUCACGAUGCCCUAGUAAGGAGAGACAGCAGUGAGAAAGCGUUCCGUGAAGCCGAGGACAAUAUAAUGGAAAUGUUAUGGUCAAAGUAUGCAGCGCCGGAUAUAGAUGCUCUCGUAACACAAUUCAAGUUAGUUUUUGAUCAAGCAGAAGCACUCGGGAAAGAUAGAACAGUGCCAUGGAUGCUGCAAGGGGUCGAAAGUGGUAAACUGGAUAGAAAACUACAUGAGCUCAGAGACGUGGUGUAUACUUGGAGAGACUAUCGGCCGCAUGGAAAGGAGAAGUGGAUGCUCUUCUUAUCAUUGAAAGAAGACAAGGAGCAACUGAUGGAUGUGUGGACAUGCCGACAGGAAACAGAGAACAUGCAGAGGGGCAGUACAGAUCAUAAUGACGAUGGCAGCGGUGAUGAAGGCCGGGAGGCAGAGGGUGAUAACGCAGACGGCGACCGUGUCACAUCGGUUAGUGACAGCAUUUCAGCCGCUAAUAACAUCACUGUUACCCAACCAACAACUCUUGCUAUUACCACUCCACCUAUGAACACCCAGGCUGCUGCUAUCACUUUGCCCAUUAACGGGCAGGGAACUGUAUAUGUUACGAGCCCUCCUCCAUUCAUUCCCACUGACAGAGUAAGCAUUGUUACCAGCGCUCCUCAAGUUGCUACCAUCAGUAAUCAACCUCAGAGCAGUUACGUAGUACCUGGCAUACUCAGUACUCCCCAACAGACAUUAAAACCCACCAUGCAGUCAAGACAAUCUGACAGUGGGCUCAAUGUCGGUUUCACCCUACCGCCGACCCUCACCAGUACACCACAACUGUUGAGCGCUCGCGCUGCUCCACCCGUCGACCUCAGCAUGGGCCAAGGGAGUAGCGGGCCAUAUAGCAGCUCUGGUAUGUACGCCGGGGAUGAUAGCUAUCGGUGGGCGCGACCGAAGAUAAGACUCACACCCAUAAGUUUGCCUAAGUUCUCCGGGGACAGGAGGGACUAUUGGCGGUGGAAAGCUGAAUGGGAGAGUAUCCAGGCACAAGCAGAACCUACGGGGUCACGAGAGUGCAAGAAACUUCAUUUGUUAGACAGUAUAGAUGAGGUUGUGAAACGUGAACACAGACUGUUGCGUUGCAGAGAAGCAAACGAUAUCUUCAGAGAACUAGAGAAUCAUUAUGGUGAUAAAGCACAAACAGCCGAAGAGAUCGUGAUGGAGCUACAGUCUCGACCUGUUGUAAAGAAUCAUCAGCCACGAGAGACGUUAGAGUUGAUCCUAGCUGUAGAGAGAGCAGCAUUGGACCUCACAGACCUGGGGUGCGUAGACGCUUUACAGAACCAACUGGUGAUUCGGUCUCUAGAGAGUAAACUUCCCGACGUCAUGAAACGGGAGUGGCUCAUGUAUGUAAGUAACCCUAGUAACCAUGUCCAUCCAGGAAAUCGUUUCGACAGGCUCUUGUUGUUCUUGGAAGACCAAAAGACGUUACUCGUGAGGUUGGAACAGUUGCUACCCAGCAAGCCAUGGCCUGCAAACGCUCCAGAGAGACCAAGCUACCGGGAAAAGCCAGGUGACAGAAGGAGAGACAAGAAGUCGUUCACAAAGGCUGCAGCAAGUGAAAUCAAAAGAGACUCCCAGCGGAUACCAUGUGCUGUGUGUGGUGAUGAAGAACACGGUGGAAAACUGUUUCGCUGUAAAGCUUUCAGGAAAGCAACACUUUCGGAGAAGAAAGCUCAUGUGAAAAAGGCAAAAAUAUGUUCAAAGUGCCUGGAUUUUCACGGAGACAAUAGCACCUGCACUCCAAAUUUCCUUUGUCGUAAGGAAGAGUGUAAGAGAGGCAACACUCCAGCGGACCACCACUAUUUCCUCUGCCCCAAGGCGGCGCCUACUAAGAGGGAGGUCAAAACAGAGGAAAAGGGGGGACCACGUGGUCCAACAGAGGAGCAAGAGGCUGUAUUCGCUGAGUUAGGACUGACUCCCCGUCAGCUGGAAGCCGUCCGCAGAGCCUGUACAAACAAGGCAACGUCGAGGGUGUCUACUGACAAGAGUCUGAUAGAACGGAGCGGCCUAAAGGAGCAUCCAGUCCUCAUGAUGCUUGUGCCUGUCACAACAAAAAGAGGAGACAGCCUUGGAGCCUUGGUCGAUCUUGCUUCCGACACUAAUUAUAUUACACACCAAGCUGCAGAGAGGCUCGGAUUGACCGGUGAACCAAUCUCACUUGUAGUGUAUGGUGUUGGUACGAUGAAGGUAAAAGUUGACACAAAAAGGUAUCUUGUGACGAUAAAGGUGUGGACCUCACGAGGGACCUUGAAGCUCCACAAGAUGAUCUGCUAUGGGAUGGAAGAUAUCGCAAAAGUGGAUCGAGUGGUGACAUCAGAGCGCCUAGAGCAAUUUUUCCCAGAAGUUAAGCCGGGAGAACUGGCCCGCCCAAAGAAAGUAGACCUACUGAUCAGUACUCGGGAAGGCAGAUUAGCUCCACAAAGACUGCAAAGGGCCGGUGACCUGGUGCUGUGGGACGGUCCUCUAGGCAAGACCGUGAGCGGUGUGCAUCCAGAUCUUUUCGAAGAAGUGGAGGUGACCACAUGGCACUCGAAGACGCACUUCGCACACUCCAUGAGAACAGUAGCCGUCAAAGUUGAGGAACACUUCGCCAGGAAACCGGAAAGCAACCUGAAACAAGACAUUAGCAGGGAAGUCCGAACAACAGCAGUGUGCAAUAAAGAGGUCCUUGAGUGGCUAAAAUGGGACAGCAUCGGAGCUGCCUGUAACCCCGCCUGCGGAGGGUGUCAGUGUGGGAAAUGUCCCCCAGGAGGUAAGGAGAUGUCUCUGGCUGACGAGAAGGAGCUGGAGAUUAUAAGAGCAGGCCUGACCUUCCGGGAGGGUGACACCCACAGCAACCAGUCACAUUGGGAUGCAAAGUACCCCUGGAGGGAAGACCCAACCUCCCUUCCCAACAACCGAAAGGCUGUGGAGGCAACGUUUCUGAAGACUGAGCGGCAGCUCAUGAAAGACCCCAUGUGGAAAGAGGCCUACAUGAGACAAGUCCACGAGAUGGUGGGGAGGGGAGCUGCUGUUAAGCUCACCAAGGAUGCGAUGGACAGCUGGAAGGGUGCUGUGUGGUGGGUGAGCCAUCUAACCGCACCAAACCCCCAUUCAGUGACUACGCCAGUGCGCCUCGUCUGGAAUAGUAGUCAGGAAUUUGGAGGAGUGAGCAUGAACAGUAUUUUAUUCAAAGGCCCAGACGUUCUUAAUCCCAUCAGGGCGGUGCUCCUCAGGUUCCGGGAAGGGGAACACGCAGCCAUUGGAGACAUCACCAAGAUGUACAAUUCGGUAUGGCUCGAGGAACAAGAGGUUCAUGUACAUCGAUUCUUGUGGAGGGACUCACCUAAGGAUGAGAUUGAGGACUAUGCUGUCGUGAGAGUGAACAUGGGAGACAAACCGGCGGGAUGCAUCGCGCAGGUAGCCAUGCGAGAGACCGCGAGGUUGCCCCAAUUCUAUGACAUGAAGGAGGAAAGAAGGGUCAUCGAGGAAGACUCCUACGUCGAUGAUCUCCUCACGUCCCACAAUGACCCACAGUGUCUAGGCAAGAUCCUAGAGGGUGUGGAGAGGAUACUGAGAGCUGGAGGCUUCUAUCUCAAGCCCUGGGUCCGGUCCGGUCAAAGUGGGAGGCGGGGGGAAACCAAGCCAGUAACACUGGUGUUGCCCAACCAGCUAAGGGAGGAAGAUAACAAAGCCCUGGGGGUUGGCUACCUCGUGCGAGAGGACAAACUCUUUGUGAUGGUCUCCAUUAACUUCUCUAGAAGGAAGAAGAAGAUGAGGACUGAGGUUGACCUCACAGAAGAGGAAGUGGAUGUAAAGACACCGAUCCCACUGACUCGUCGUGUUCUCCUGAGCCAGGUCGCUGGAUUGUACGACCCAAUCGGUCUAGCAACACCUGUGAAACAAAAAGGAGUGAUUCUUGUGAGGAGAGCCUUCCAGGAGGCUAGAAAGCUUACGAAAGACACCUGGGAUGAGCCCCUUUCUGACGAGCUCCGAGGGAUGGCAAUUGAGCUGUUCAAGGAGUACACCCGCCUAGGUCACAUCAGAUUUCACCGAUGCCUCACGCCCUCCGGCUGGAUGGACAAGCCCUGGGGAAUCACGUUUUCUGAUGGGAGCUGUGAGUCCUAUGGUGCUGUACUGUACUUACGAUGGCAAACAUCGGGUGGGGUGGUCAUCCGGCUGGUGGAGUCGAAGGCCAAGUUAACGCCCCUUGACCAGAAAGGCGACGCGGUCAAGGCUGAGAUCUGCGGGGCUGUCUUCGCCACACGCCUGAAGGGGUACAUGUUGAAGCAUGGGCGCUUGGAUGUGGAGAAGUGGUAUCACUUCAUUGAUAGUCAGACUGUGCUGGGUGCCAUCCAGAGAGAGAGUUACGGAUUCCAGACAUUCUUCGCGAACCGAGUCGGAGAGAUUCAGAAGGCUGGGCCCGUAGCUGACUGGUGGUGGAUCCCAGGUGCGGUCAACAUUGCUGAUCUAGUCACAAGGGGGUGCCCUCCUGGACAACUGGAUGAGAACUCUGUGUGGCAAAAGGGUCCCAAUUUCCUGUCUAGUCCAGUCGAGGAUUGGCCUAUGAAGUCCGCCUCAGAAGUGGCAGCCGAUGCUAGAGAGAUGGUCAGUAAACUCCAGAGAAAGGCCUUUUCAGCGGUCCUCACCAGGGCUCAAGCAAAAGAGUUAUUAAACCCUGACAGAGUUAGUAAGGCUCCAGAGUCCUCAGCAGAUGGGGUGGAAGUGACCUCAGUUGAGACCAAAGAAGCAGAAACACUGUGGGGAGCCUCACUCAUAGACCAGGUGGAUCCAACCAGGUAUAGCUCUCUAACGAAACUCUGUGGAGUAGUUGGUUAUGUCCGCAGGGCCGUGAGGAAGUGGUUGGCAUGCAUAGGGAGAGACUCUAUGCCAGCAAAGUGGGAGGCAGUACUGUCAGUGAGAGAACUUGAAACUGCAUUUAAGGACCUGUGCCUGGCUGCCCAGAAGGGAGUUAUAUUUCCUGUGACGACAUUGGACAGACUUGUUGUCAGCAGGGGUGAAGCUUCAGGGCUCCUGCAAUGCCAUGGUAGAGUCCAGACCGUCACCCCAAGAGAGACCGGUGUACCCCUGGUUCCCUAUAAGGCGUGGAUCAGUACGCUUCUCACACGGGAGGCUCAUGAGGCUAACCACGAAGGUGUUGCUGGCACACUCCUUCGGGUGAGGUCUAAAGCAUGGGUGGUGCAGGGACCAAGAAUCGCCAGAAGUGUCAUUGACUCCUGUAUGCGCUGUCGAAAGUCUAAAGCACGGAUGUGCAGACAGGUGAUGAGUGAGCUUCCCCUCGAACGAACUGAACCGGCCGCACCAUUUGAGUUUACGACACUGGACCUCUUUGGCCCCUAUGUCGUCAAAGAUGCUGUGAAACAAAGAACAAAGAUGAAAGUCUGGGGUGUGGUGUUCAGCUGUAUGGCUUCAAGAGCAGUGCAUGCAGACAUUGUGGAGGAUCUUUCAACAGAAGGUUUCCUGAAAGCAUACCAGCGCUUCACAGCUCUCAGGGGUCACCCAAGAAAACUCUGGUCGGAUCAGGGGACUAACUUUGUGGGCGCCAGGCCAGUGUUGCAGGAGCUUUAUGAGUUCCUAAGUAGUGUUGACAAGGAUCAGAUCCAGAAGAAGGCGGCAGCUGGAGGAACUGAUUGGACAUGGGUGUUUCAUCCGGCAGAUUCUCCCCACCGAAAUGGCGCGGCGGAAGCAGCCGUCCAUGUACUCAAGAGAGCGUUAAGCAGCGUUGGCGAAGGCGGUAACCUGACGACGCUGGAAUUCCAGACACUCCUCUACCUGGCAGCUAACCUGUCGAACGAGAGACCGAUUGGUGCCAGGGCCCAGAUGCAAGACGAGGCAGUGGAAGUUAUCACUCCCAAUUCACUACUGCUUGGUCGUGUGGGACCCAGCGGAGAUACCCGAGGGUUCGAGUAUCCUACCUACCCUGUCGUGCGUCUGAGGGCGAUCCAGAUCGAGGUCAACAAGUUCUGGACACGGUGGAGUCAGCUGGCAGGUCCGGGCCUCUUCGUCCGGCAGAAGUGGCACGCGCCUGCUAGGAACAUUGCAGCAGGGGACCUGGUGUGGUUAGCUGACCAGAACGCGUUGAGGGGCCGGUUCAGACUGGGUCGAGUCGUGGAGGCCUGCCCUGAUAUGAAGGGCGUAGUACGAGACGUGAAGAGACGUUAGGAGACUGGUGGUUCUGUUACCAGUGGAGGAGCAAGUGUAAGAUCCCCACCCCGUGGCGUGUUUCGGUAAUGGAUCCCCGCCACACGGUGUGUUUCGGUAAUGGAUCCCCACCCGUGGUGUGUUUCGGUAAUGGAUCCCCGCCACGCGGUGUGUUUCGGUUAAGGAUCAAGACCCCCCCUCCACCACCCGCCACAGGGACGUUGGGAGGCUGGUGGUGUGUUUCGGUAGGAGAUGCUACAGUAUUAUCGAGGACAAUAUGUGUUGUUUAUGGACAUUAACAUUACUUUGACCUUAUAGUUAUUAAUGUUUAGACGUAAUUAAUGUCUAAAAGUUUAACUGUUUAAGCUAGUUAUGGUGGCCUACUUGGAUUCCAGAAUCAGUAGACCAAGUGGGAGGUGUAGA